AUGGCGGAUUUGUCGAAGUGCUACUUGCAGAACCUGGGCGACUCCGAGCGUGGCAAGCUGUCCGAGCUGCGUGGCCAGCUGCCACAGUUGAUCCAACGAGCCAAGGAGCAGUCGGAGGAGGCGAAGGCGAUGAAGACGCUGAGCAUUUGGGGAGUGGAGCUGGAGAAGGAGACUGAAGCUUCGGAUAUUGUACUCCUGAAAUACAUUCGAGCUGAAGAGCUUGAUGUGGCGAAGGCCGCUGAGCGAAUCGUUGAGACCUUGGUUUUUCGUGCCGACUGUCAGAUCGAUGCAUUGAAGGAUGCAGAGCUCCCAAAGUGUUACCAGGGUCAUGAUGUCAUCAGUGGCUAUGACGUGGAAGGGAGGCCGGUGAUGAUCAGCCGAUUUGGGAAGAUGAACUUGGAAGAAGUCUUUGGUGACGUGGAGGCUUUUGUGAGAUAUCGAGCAAAGCUGAUGGAAAUGGCCAUCUCCAAACUGUCUUUCAAGAAAGGAGAACCUGAAGAUUUAACUCAGGUCCAUGACUACUCAGGAGUUCCCCUGCUGUUCCAAACUUCUCAGGUCAAGGGUGCAGUCUCUGCAGUGACCAAAGUCUUUGCUGAGCACUAUCCCGAGACCAAGGGUGUCACGAUUUUUGUGAACUUCCCAAACGCCUUUGCCUCAAUGUGGAAAGCCUUUUCAGUCUUCAUCCCCGAGCGGACCCUGAAGAAGUUUCAGAUUCUCGGUGAGAGGGAUCAGGAACAGCUCUUCAAAUUCAUAGCACCAGAAGUAGUUCCUGAGGCCAUUGGUGGCAUGCUUGGAACCAAUGGACUUUCUGGGCCCUGCAAAUCUCUCACAGUAAGAGCUCGUUGCACAGAGGAAGUGCCUUUGAUGAAAGUCUCCAAACCUUGCUCCAUUGAAUGGGAGCUACGCGUUUGCUAUUGGGAUAUCUCCUACGAGCUCCACUUCAUUGCAGAAGGUUCCAACGCAGGUUAUGCGGGUUCAGGUUCCGAGCCAGAACUGGUGGCCAAGUCGGAAGGGAUGCUGGAGGCCACAGCCGGAGUGGUCAGUGGAGUCUAUGAGGCCAAAGUACCUGGCGAGCUCAAGUGCAAGUUCAUUAACAAUGGGGCAUGGUUCAAGUCUCGCUUGUGCCUUGCUCGUGCUGAGGAGAAAAAGAUGAAAAAGCUUUUCGAUUGA